CACAAAGCAUCAUCUUUUGGAAGCCUCGAUGACGAGCAUGCUGUUGCCUCCACGUUGCCUUUAGACUGUUUCAUUUUCAGUCGUUCUUACCUAAAGCGAAGGAGUGGCAGAUAUACCAGCUCACUUCCUGUUCUUCGCAUCCUGAAUUCAUCGAAUCAUUGCUCUUAGCUAGCAGCAGCAACGUCUUUGAUAUGAUGAGAGCUCUCUCCUAGCUCAACCCCCAGUACUACGAACAUGGCAGCGCAGCAGCCCGCUCCCGAUGCGGAGCGGGAAUACAGGCUGAUCUCCCAGCUCGAGAUGCGCAUCGCUUCGGCAUCGACAGACGAGAAACUAGAGUCUAUUCUUCAAAAGUUCCUUCCAGCUCUCCUGCUAAAGCUGGCUUCUCCAACCCCUCAAAAUCGCAAUCUCGCGAUCAAGAUCUCUCAGUACGUCAACCAAAGGCUGAAGAUCACCUCGUCAAUCAAGCUUCCGGUGUCAGCGCUGGUCAAGACAUUCCGCGAGAACGACAACGCCUUUGUCAAGCGAUUCUGUCUAGUUUUCAUUGAGCAAGGCCUUCCGCGGCUGGAACUGAACCAGGGAAUCGAGACGUUGCCUGGGGUGUUGCAGUUUGCCAUACCGAAAGCCGAAGGGUUUGACGCUACGGAUCGGAAAAUGUGGGCUGUCGCGUUCGACUUUCUCCUGGAAGUCUUGAGGAAGUGGAAGAUUCCGGAGCGAGGUAGCAAGGAAGAUCUUGCUCUCUCAGACACGUUCUCACUGUCAUCCACGCAGACAGAUCUGCUUGUCAGCCGCUUGUGCGAUUUCUUGCUCUACGAUCCAAAGGAUUCGUCCGCUCAAGCCCAGGACGAAGAUUUCCAGCCUGUCAUGGAGAAAAACUUCAAACGGCGCUCGGAAGUUGUCCUGCCAAUUGCAAAGUUCUUGUUCUCUUCCAUCUUCAGCGAUCGGCAGCGUAUCAGUCCUGCCACUAUCAUGUCUGUCGACCCAAAUGCCUCCGCUGCAAAUAUGAGCGACGUUAUGUUUAAGCAAUGCGAUUUCGACUUGGAGUCUGAAUUGACGAUUGACCUCCUCUUCAAUCUCUACAGAAGGUCCAAACCCAAGUUGCAAACGCGAAUUCUAGGCCUCUUAUCACGCAGCCAGAACUCCACCAGGCGCACCACGGAGAUCAUGGACAUUGUGGAGAAACAACUCACACAGACAUCCAACGCGGGACUCGAGGCAGCCAAACUCCGGGCAGCUCUAUUCUCCUAUCUCACCUGGACAGUGCGUGUUGGCGGUCAACAUCUUGCCGGAGAAAUAAGUCAUCGCAUCCAGGACCUGUUGAAGGAAUACAUUGAAAUGCAAGGCUGGCCGACCAUGAACAGUGACCACUCCUCCGCCGCAUCAGAGGUGGAGCUUCGCUCGAAAGCAUACGAGAGCAUCGGCCUGCUGGCAGGCCUCAAAACCGAAUCCAUGGACAACAAUCGCAUGGUGGUUCUGAUCACGUGGCUCUUCACAAGCCUCCGCUGUGACACGACGCGCGAGAUAAGAAGCAGCAUCGAAGAAUCAAUCGGUCGCAUCAUGAAUGCUCUACCUGCCCUUGGCGACGCAUCAACCGCAAAUCGCCUAAAAGACCUCUUUCUGUGGAAUGUCUUGGCGGCACCAGGCCAGGAAGACCCCAUCUAUUUCUUACCUACAGUCAAUAGCACGACUUAUCCAGCCGUACGAUUUGCGAAUAAAUGUCUACCGUUUGAAGAUGUGGAUGCUCGCUUUAUCGAUGUCCUGGCCUUGGCCUCAGCAAGCGGCAGAAGAGAGAUAGCCGAGGAAGGAGCUAGGGGGCUGGAUCCGUACUGGCAUGCUUCGAAUCUGCGCCUCACCACUGCUUCCGACGAUCGGAAGCUACAGCUCCCCAAGCUCGAUGCCUUGGUGGAAAGGUUUUUCAAAGCGGGCGCGGCGCAUACGAACUCCUACGACAACCCAACAGUGCUAGCCGCGGCGGUGACGUUUUGUCGGAACGUCCUCUACUGCGAAGCCCUGCGCGAGACAGAACUGGCGCCCGAAGAAUCGACAGAUUGGAAGCAGACUAUCGAUGCUUUGGCCAGUAAUGACCAGGACGCUCGACAGCGUAUCCGGUCCUAUUUACGAAACCUGGGUGUGGACGUGCUGUUACCGUUAAUGCGCGCUGCUUUAGAUGGUGCAUCCAAGGCGGCUGGGGAAUGCCUAGAUUUAUCCCUUGAGCUUCUCUCUCUUGCCCCGACUGACUUGUUGCUCCGUGUCAAGGAUGCAGGGCUUGAGGCAGCUGCACGUGUUGCCGGAAAUGCAGGCUUGCAGCUUCGAGGCGCUCGGAUCUUUGGCAUUCUAGCUUCUCUCGAUGAGGACGCCGGAGACCUCGCAAAGGCUGAAUUGAAUGAGGCCAAACACUGGAAAACAGCCGUCGGGGAAGACCUGGUAAAGAUUCAAGGCCAUCUCCUCCGCGCAUGUUUCUACCUCACCAGAAGAUCGCUCAGGCUGAAACUGCGGACAUCCGAUGACACACUACGCGACGCGGUGCAGAUCGUUGUCGAGAUCGUCAAGACUUCUUCCGACAGAUCGGUCAAAGACACUGCGUACAGAUCUCUCCGUCAACUAUUUCUUUGCACCCCAACAGAAGAAGGAUCAAACGAUGAAGAAAUGUUGAGUCAGUUGAUCGCAGACAGCAAGAAAGAGAGUGAAACAGCCGUCUCGGCUGCAGGGCCAGUGCUAGGUACCUUGCACGCGCGUGGCGCCGAUUCUUCGCGCUUUGCAUCGUUCCUGGAUCGACUGCUGGGCCUUCACGAAGUCAAACGAGCCGAGUUCCAUUUCACAUUGGGAGAAUCCCUUGCCGUUGCUUGCGCCGGGUUCAGGUCGCUGUCCACGCUGACAGAACUUGAUGUUGAUACCGAUGUUUCGGGGUUGGAUGUCAACGAACAGCUCUUAAUCAAAGUCCUUGACAGAGUCCUCGGGGAAUGCAACACCACAAAGCCGUCGCUGAAGAAGGCUGCCGCGAUCUGGCUAUUAUGCAUCAUCCAAUACUGUGGCGAAUUACCUGCCGUCAAAGCGCGACUGCGAGAAUGUCAAGCUGCAUUUGCCAGGUUGCUUAACGACCGCGACGAAAUUGUCCAGGAGACUGGAUCCCGGGGCCUCAGUCUUGUCUAUGAGCGGGGUGACAAGCAACUUCGAGACGACUUGGUUAGAGACCUAGUCCAGAGUUUCACGGGCAGCAACGCCAAAAUGUCCGGAACUGUAAACGAAGACACGCAGCUGUUCGAGCCCGGUGCGCUGCCUACUGAAAAUGGGCAGUCCGUCACGACUUAUAAAGACAUCGUCCGCCUUGCCACAGAAAUGGGAGACCCGAGCUUGGUGUAUCGCUUUAUGAAUCUGGCCUCGAACAAUGCAAUCUGGUCAAGUCGAGCGGCGUUUGGAAGAUUUGGACUCGGUCGUGUGCUGGCGGAUUCCACAUAUUUGACGGAGAAUAAGAAGUUUUAUCCUAAGCUUUUCCGGUACCGAUUCGACCCAAACCCCAAUGUCCAACGGUCUAUGAACGAAAUCUGGCGGGCGCUGGUCAAAGAUCCGAAUGCCGUUAUCAACGAGAAUUUUGAUCUGAUCAUGGAGGAUCUGUUGCAGAGCGUCGUGUCGGGCAAGGAAUGGCGGGCUCGCGAGGCCAGCUGCGCGGCAAUCUCUGAUCUCGUACAGGGGCGAGACGUCGAUGUGUUUGAAAAGUACCUUGACGACAUUUGGAAGGUCGCGUUCAAAGUACUGGACGAUGUCAAGGAGACAGUUCGAUUGGCCGCCAUGAAGCUGUGCAGGACACUCACGAGUAUGCUGAUACGCAAUUUGGAGAUUGGCGAGGGCAAUUCGAAGCGCUCUGGAACCAUGCUCAACCACGCCAUGCCGUUCUUGCUGCAACAAAUGGAUAGUGGUGCGGGCAAGGAGGUACAACAGUAUGCUAUUGUAACGCUUCUGGAGGUGGUGAAGAAGUGUCCACCCAAAUCUCUGCGUCCCUUUGCACCAACCGUUUUGGAGACGCUUGUUCUCUCCCUGAGCUCUCUUGAACACGAGAGUAUCAACUACCUCCAUUUGAAUGCUGACAAGUACGGAUUGACGGCCGAGAAACUGGACAAAAUGAGAGUGUCGAGCAUCAACGCGUCUCCAGUUACAGAAGCAAUUGAGGACUGUUUGGAAAGCGUCACCAUGACAGUCGAGGCCAAUGACGACCCCAACGCCAUGCAAGGGGUCGUUUCCAGUUCGCACAGUCAAGGGCGGCAUGCAACAAUGGACGACGCGAUGCAACGCCUUGCAAAUGCAUAUCGAGCAGCGAUCGGACUGCCGUCCAAAAUUGGCCUAAGCAGAGUCAUGACCACGCUGGUUGUGCGCCAUCCAACCGCUUUUCGACCGUAUGCAGACAAAUUCGUACAGCUGACGCGGAAACACAUCCUCGACCGCAACGCCACCAUCAGCGUCGCCUUCAGCACCUCACUAGGCUAUCUGAUGAGACUGGCUUCGGACAAGGAGGUCCAGGCUACAAACAAGUUCGCGCAAAAGUUGUACUUUGAGUCGCAGGAACUAAGCCAUCGUUCUGUGGCCGGCGAAAUCAUACAGGCGAUCUCCAAGGCUGCGAAUGACGUUUUCAUGAACUUUGCACCAACCUUUCUCCCGUUUGCUUUCAUCGGCCGACGGGAUACUGACGAGGAGGUCAGAGAGCGGUUUGAUGUUCCCUGGAAGGAGAAUAUCGGUGGUUCCCGGUCGAUCAAUCUCUAUCUGACCGAGAUUGUGGGACUUAUCUCGGCGCAUAUUGGAUCCCCUCUGUGGCCGAUCAAGCAAGCUUGCUCGUUGGCGGUCGCCGAAUUGGUGGGGUCGAUCGAAGCACAAGGAAAAUAUUCCGACACUGAGGCAUCUCUUAUUUGGGGGGUGAUGCAGGCGGCGCUGGAGGGCAAAACCUGGGAUGGCAAAGAAGAAAUUGUCAAGGUGUAUCCGAAGUUCGUGCGGGAGGCCCAACCACUGUGGUCGAACGGCCAGACCACCCAGCAGAUGAAGAAGAUUGCAAUCCGAGAAGCGAAACGGACCAACAUUGGGUACCGACCUCACGCCAUUGAGGCUCUUGGAGAGUUUGCAGUCGCUCGAAAAGAUCUGGACCUCAGCCACGAGCUCCUGCCUUUUUUGGCGGAGUUGAUGGACGAGCUAACGGACCAGGAUGCCAUGGAAGUGGACGAAACUAACGGGAAGCCCCUGAAGAAUCGCGAACAGACCGUUAUUGAAGCAACGGUGGGCGCGGUUGUUUCUUGCAUGUUCAGGAUCCUGUCCACUCAUGCGCACCCCGAGAGUCUGGACCCGGCGAUGAAGAUCGUGCAAAAAGCACAAGCGAUUCGAUCCAGCACCCUCGACAUUACACUGUGCGACAGUGCAAAAUUUUUUGUUGUCAAUGGGCCCGCAAAGGGGGUGGAUGGUGAUGGUGGUAGUGGUCGUGGUGAAGACCUUGACGACAAAAUUACCUCAGCCUCAAGUCUGGCAACAGCCUCCGCACCACGGCCGUCGGCGCGGGAGGGUUCGGAGUUGGACGGUCGAAGGGCCUUUGAGCCAUUUCAGCCACUGGUCAUGGCGGUGCUCGCCUGUCCGCCGGAGCCUUGGCGAGAACCGGAACGUGCGCGAAAAUCACGUGCCGAGCUGGCCCUGGCCCUCGCCCAACAAGGCAUGCCUGACCCAGCCGCCUUAGCGGCGAUCCUCGACCCCUGGCUGGUCGAAGAGCGGUCGAGACCUUUACGUGAAGAAAUCGGACGAGCUCGACAGGCUUGCCAACGGGACCAGUAGUUUUGUUUUUGGCGUCCUGCAGCAAUACAAGCGUUGGGACCUUCCUCCUUGGAACCGCGGGUGUGAAAUCCGACCCCGGCCCAUGGUUAUUCAUUUGCUGCUCCGGUGCCAGUCUGUUGGGACAACCUCACGCCAUGGACGGUGAUGCUACCGUAGGGCUGAUCAUGGUGCACGGACCACUGGUCCCGGUAUCUUCUCGCCGUCUCAAGCGCAGCGGCACCCCCCUCUUUCUGUGUUCUCCCAAAGUCACGGAUCUGGACUCUCGUCGGAUUUGGGGGUUUUCGGUUGUGCUGGAGCAGGAGAUGUGGAUUGACUGCGGUGUGCUUACGGGGUCCUGGAGGCCUCUGCCACGUUUUUUCCUCGCAGCAUUCGUGGUCUUCGUGUGCAUCCCCCGAUCGGUGGGUGCAGUCCAGUGGGGGAGUCUUAGCGCCCCUGUUGUCUCUCAAAGCUGGUACCCUGGAGGGGUUCUCCACAAAAGUCAAAUCUCGAACCGACGACACAUGGUUUUUCAGCUCGGUUCAGUAGUAUGGAUCUUUAGCCCUUGGACCACGCUGUGUUGGUGCCCAAGUGAAGGGAAGCGAGAAGUUUGACGAGGAUAAGCACGCGGAGUGGGUGGCGCUCUCUGAGACAGAAAGGCGAUGAGCUUGUUGCUGAGUACCCCCUUUUCCUUGGCUGUACAGAGAGUGGUAGAAGGAUUUCGAGAUCAAGUUCGUGGACUCCGAGGGGG